AAAAGCCAGAUUCCUGAGAAAUAUGUGUUUCCAGGGCCACGGAAGAGAGCGCCUGUGGAGGAGCGGAUGUGAGGGAGGACAGUAAAAAGCUCAGGGACCUGGAGAGAGCUCGAUAUAAAGGCUGGACUGGGACAGGCAGCGGUCAGACCGGUGAAGCUGUGCUCAUCUUAAAGCUCACUUCCUUCAACUGAACUGACCAGAGCUGACACAACACGACAGAGCAGGAUGAGCAUGCGCCGAGCAGUGGCUGGUUGCGUGGUGCUGGCGUGCCUGGUGGCGCUGCUGGCAGAGAGGACAGAGGGACACAUAACCUUUUUCAGCCCAAAGGAGAUGAUGCUGAUGAAGGAGCGUGAGGGCAGAAAAGACAUGGAGCCUCGAUCAGAGGAUGGUCAUUUUGAAGUGGUUACAGUCCAGCUGCCUUCUCAAGUAGAACAUGUAGGGAAUACUGAUAAAGGUGUGGAUAUUUCUGUCCAUAUUCCACCCAAUCAAGUGGCUCCUAUGCUGGAAGAGAUCAUGGAUGAAAUAGGAGAGGAACAUCAGAGAGCUAAAUAGCAAGCCACAGACAGGAGAGGACGAAUGCUGUACAAAUUCUUCAAAAAGCACUGAAUACUUAAAUGUUUUAUUGUGUUGGUUUUACUGAAUCAUGUAAUAAAGAAAGGUUAU